AUGAAAAUAAUAAAUAAUUUUCAUUACUAUAUUAAGCUUUUGUUAUUUUGUAUUGCUUUAUUUUCAGAAACAGAUGCAUACUUAGGUUCUUUUAUUAAAUUAAAAGAAUUGAGUUCAAAAAGAUACAAAGUUGCUAAUGAAACGAUCAAUGUUUCUGCCAAUGCAUUUUAUAGCAAGGUGAAUGAGGAAUUAAACAAUUGUAUUGAUUGGUAUUCAGUUAUUUUUUUUUCGAAUAAUUUUGGUUUUUCAAUUGUACCGUCAUUACCUAAUGGAAUCUUUAUUUUUUUCUCUAAGAAAAAAACAUCAAAAUGUGAUGUAAACGAAAAGUUUAAAAAACACUUUUUGUCAAUUCCAAAAAUCAAUAUGGGAUUUGAUACUUCAGUUGUAAAUAAAUUCACCAAGCUUUACUCAGAAGGGGAAAUUAUUGAUGGAUUAAAUGAAGUUAAUAAAGUCAUAUAUUUGGAUAUUUUAAGUAAAUCUAAUCCAUUUACACCAAAUCAUCCAGAAUUUUUUUCUCUAAAAGGUGAAGAAUUAGCUUUUAUUUAUUUUCCUCAUUUAGAAGUAGAAAAUAAAAUUCUAAAAGAAUUGCUUGCUAGCCUAUUUGAAUUAAAUUCAUUUAAUACUUCAACACUAAGUUUACAUAGAUUAUCUAUUAUGGAUCAUUUUAGUAAUAGAUGGGAAACAACAAUUACUUCAAUAAAAAUUGGUGAGAGCAAAGAGGGGGACAGUUGUGAAUACGGGAACUUAGAAGUUGUGAGAAGGUUGAGCGGAUCUGGUUUUCAUUGGAAUUUAGAGACAGAAAUAAUUCACUUUGAAAAUACUCCAGUAAUGAUUGACUCAUUUAAUCGAGAAAUAUUUCUGGAUAUCGAUGAAAUUUUUCAAAGGAAUGAAAGGAAAGUUGAUGGUAUUUUAAUUCCUCUUCAUCCAGUUCAUAUUGAAAGACCUAGCGAAGAGUCAGACAGUUCAUUAUUACUGAGCAUCGGAAAAUCAUCAAAUAUACCAAUACAUGCACGGUAUCAAUCAGCAUGUAAUGGCUGCAACUUUAAAACUUUAGUAAUUGGAUUCCCUUCAAUUAUUAUCUAUGAGGAAGAUUUGGGCGAUAAAUACUGUUUAGUUCCGAAUUUUAGGUUUGAAAUAACGCCAAAUCAAAAUGUAAAGAUAGGAAAAUCACAGAAAGAGAUAAUAAUUAACAUCCCUGUAGGUAACAGUGAAGAUAUCAAUUACGUUUUCAUUGCUACUAUAUUUACUAUUAUCAUUACAACGGUAGCCACCGGGGUAUCAAUAAAGAAGUAUUAA